GGCAGUGGAUGCCCUAUGGACACAGUGGGCACCAUGAGCAGGGCUGCGAUCCCACUCUUCGACACCGACACAGGUCUCUUGGUUGUGGCUGGAAAGGGUGAAAACCUCCUCUACUGCUUUGAAGUGUCCCCCUUGCAGCCAGCCCUGACACAGGUUAACCAGUGUGUGACAGAGGGCAAGACCCGGGGCGCUGCCCUGGUGCCGAAGCUGGCACUGGACGUCAUGGCCUGUGAGGUGGCCAGAGUCUUGCAGUUGACAGACAGCUUCAUUGUGCCCAUCAGCUACACUGUGCCCCGUAAGUCUGUUCAGGAGUUCCAUGAAGAUCUCUUUCCUGAUUCUGCUGGGACCCUGCCAUCAGCAUCUUCCCAGGAAUGGUGGUCAGGAGACAACAAACAGGUGGGGAAGGUGAGCCUGAACCCAGCCUGGAGACCCAAGGAGACCUUCACCUUCAGCUUGUUCCCCCAUGCCCAGCAGGAGUGUCUGCCUCAUGACUCCAAGUGGCUAGAUGCUGGUUCUGUGGACCUGGACCGAAGUGAUGGCAGUGGCCUCUCUUCUCCCUCCAGCUCCCUGACUUCUCCCAGCAUGGCCCCAUCUGUCUCCACCACCAGUGGCUUUGCCAGCAGCUCCAGUCAAAGGUCCCUGCAGAGCAUUCUGGGCCCCAGCUCGAAGUUCCGCCACACCCAGGGAACAGUCCUGCAUCGUGACACCCACAUCACCAACCUCAAGGGGCUCAACCUCACCACUCCGGGAGAGUGCAAUGGUUUCUGUGCCAACCGGCAGCGCUUGGCAGUCCCACUGCUGUCAUCCGGUGGGCAGAUUGCCAUCCUCGAGCUCUCCAAGCCAGGCCGUCUGCCUGACAUCUCCAUACCCACCAUCCAGAAUGGGACGCCUGUCGCAGACUUCUGUUGGGACCCCUUUGACCUGCAGCGCCUUGCAGUCGCUGGGGAAGAUGCCAAAAUCCGGAUCUGGCAAAUCCCUCCAGGAGGGCUGCAGAAGACGCUGCUAGAACCAGAGGCUGUGCUUCGAGGUCAUACAGAGAAAAUCUACUCCAUCCAAUUCCACCCGCAAGCUGCCAACAUCCUGGCCUCUUCCUCCUAUGACAUGACGGUGCGGGUCUGGGACCUAUGUACCAAGCAGGAGGUGCUGUGCCUGAAGGGACACACUGACCAGAUCUUCAGCCUAGCCUGGAGCCCUGAUGGGCGGAAGCUGGCCACGGUCAGCAAGGAUGGCCGGGUGCGGCUCUACGAGCCCCGGCGGUCGCUGGAGCCCGAGCAGGAUGGCCCAGGCCCUGAGGGCAGCCGAGGUGCCCGUGUGGUCUGGGCAUGUGGUGGCCACUACCUGCUGGUCUCUGGCUUUGAUAGCCGCAGUGAGCGCCAGUUGUAUCUGUACAAGGCCGACUCCCUGUCUGCUGGGCCUGUGGCAGUGGGCACUGUCGAUGUGUCUCCCUCCACCCUCAUCCCCUUCUAUGACGAGGACACCAGCGUUGUCUUCCUGACAGGCAAGGGGGACACACGAGUCUUCAUCUAUGAGAUUGUCACCGAGGCGCCCUUCUUCUUGGAGUGCAACAGCUUUUCUUCCAGCGACCCCCACAAGGGCUUCGUGUUCCUGCCCAAGACUACGUGCAACGUGCGGGAGGUGGAGUUUGCCAGGGCCCUGCGUCUGAGGCAGAGCUCUGUGGAGCCAGUUGUCUUCAAGGUGCCCAGAGUCAAGAAGGAAUUCUUCCAGGAUGACAUCUUUCCCCCCACAACCAUGUGGUGGGAGCCAGCCCUCACUGCCACUGCAUGGCUCACAGGCAGCAACGCACAGCACCAAAUGUUGAGCCUCCAGCCCAAGGACAUGACUCCAGUGAGCGAGGCCCCGAAGGAUAUCCCAGUCAGGAAGUAUGCCCCAUCAUCUGUCUACCUGGAGGAGAAGUCUGAUGAGCAGAAGAAAGAGGAGUUGCUGAGCGCGAUGGUGGCCAAGCUGGGCAACCGUGAGGACCCCCUCCCUCAGGACUCCUUUGAAGGGGUGGAUGAAGACGAAUGGGACUAGUCUUGGCAAGGCAGUCCUGUUCCUUCAGCACCACAAUCUCCUCAUCUCUGAAGCUGUCUGGAUCCUUGCCUCCCUUCCUUGUAUUCUCAGGCCAAGAAGCCAGGCACCCCAAAGCCAGCGCCAAGGCUUCGCAAGCAACUGGACUGCACCCCACUCCAACGGUGCUUACUCUGAAGAAUCUCCCAUGCCCACCUUAGUGUGCAAACCUCCCUGGUGGAGACCUGGACCAUCUGCUGGACCUUCUCCCAAGUGCCCACGGAAGCCACCUGCCUUUCUAUCUGGGGGCUCCAAGUUCUGAGUCAGCUGCUGGUCCAGCAUCAUCUCUGCAAAGGAACUGGCAGGGUGUCUGAGGCCAAGCCCUCCUCUAGUCUCUAAUAAUCUGUCAGAGGAGGUGGGGAGGGGUGGUGCUGGCCAUACCUCCCCCUGCUUUGUCUUCUGAGUUUGCUUGCUCCUAGCUAGAGCAGUAUUAUGUCAGCAAGUCACACAGGCAUGGGGGCUAGCUGUGCUCUGGCUGGUUGUCAUAUACACACUUCUGCUGUGGGGAGUGCAGUGGGUUAGUGACAAUUCAGGGACCAACCAUUCCCCACAACUGCCCUCACUCAAGAGCAUGUGGAGAGGACAGGGCCUUGGGACUGUGCCGUCCAGGUUGGCCUGGCCCGAGGCAGCUGUGUUCAUGGCUGCAGUCACCCUCAGUUUUGCCAGAGAUAUGGCUCAGGCCCUCAUUCAGCACAGUGCCUAAGUGCCUCACUUCAAGCCUGUACUUACAUCUGUCCACAUUCAACAAAGGACCAGCACAUUGCUUGGAGGUACUGACUUGCUCUGUUUCUUUCACUUAAGCAGGUGCUAUUGAGACCAAAGGGCAUAGGUGGGCACUUUCAUAACACAGGGCAUGACCAGUUCUAACCCAGCACACCUGAUUGUAGACCCUACUGGUCCCAGCACAGCCAUUGCCUGGUGCUCUCUGAAUAGUAGAAAUGCCAGUGCCUCCCCACAGAGGUAAAGCCCAGUGAAACUUUUCUUGAGUUUACUGUGUGUCAGUUUUCUAUAGCAAGGGCACCAGCCCUUCCUGUUGUGCAUCAGUCCUUAGCCUGAAUCUAGAUGGCGAGCAGGGGCCGAACAACAGAG